CAGGGGUGAGCGGCAAACAAAUGGGUCACACUGUAUAUAAAAAAAAAUGUGGCAUAUAUACAGGGUUUCACAGAACUCUCGCCACAGAGAAAAAGUAAGAGCAUAAGGGAAGUUGUACGCGAAUUUCCCGUUCCCCGUUGGCUCUGGGGUAAAGAACUUGUUGUUUAAUUUUUUCUUUAAAACAUUGGCGUCCUGUAAGUAUGACUUUCUUUUUAAAAAGGUUUAGUUUGUGAACUUGGCAUUAACCGCAAUGCGUAGCAACUGGGCGCUAAAAAAUAUCAACUGAAUGAAACCAUUCAUAAUAUAAAAACUUAACAUACACCAGCUUCAAUAUAUCAUAAAUAAAAUCUUGAAAUUGAUUGACCGCGCUACGUAAUAGGUUAAGGUGGAGUCUGAAAUUCGGCCACCGGUGGCCGGUAGAGCGCUCUAUUUUUAGCGCGGAUUUUUGACGCAACGCUUUUGCCAAAACACGGGAGCCACCGUUAGUCAUCCGGGGUUCUUCCAAAUACGCGAUACAAUCUCCUCUUCUUUACCGUCGUUUUUGUCAAACUGACGUUCGGUCGACUCGCUGGUGCAUCCGGAGGCAUGAGUGUCAAACUGCGCACGCGCACGCCCUCGCCGAAGACGGUGACCUUCGAUUCAUCGCCGCCCACGACCCUGGAAAGGCGCCCCAGGCGCUUGAGGUUCAAGAGCCAUAAAGAGUGGGAACAUUACCUCAAUGCACUUUUGGCAGACUUACAGAACACAAUCCAUUCAGGAUCUGGACUUAACUCGAGCAGUCCUGGGUAUGGGUCGCUUAAAAAGACCUCGAGGCAGUCACCAGGAGCAGAAAGUCCAAUUUCCCAAGUCCAGGGAUACACUGUUAAAUCUAGUACUCCAACAUCAACUUAUGGCAAAACGCAACCGUCAGCGGGCCGUAAAAGCCCGGGCAGUUACGGCAGUGGAGGUUCCCCAGGGUACGGUUCUUUGCCCUCAGCUCCCGUCAACGAAAAACAAAAGGCGUACAACAACCUGUCGGAGCUGGAUACAUGGAAAUGCAUAGAUAUUCUUCCACGAAAAAUUGUUUUAGAAAACGGCAUGAACGGAACGUUGAACGGUUCGUACAACGGUUCGGAAGCAAGAAGCCCCGUCGGAGGUGUCAUGUCGCGUCCAACUAGUGCCCAAAGUACCCUGAACAGACCCACAGUGGACAGUUUGUUGAACGAAUUGGCCGAAUACGAAAAUAGUGGAGAUGUGAUCUACGCUGGUCCUAAAAAAGUGGUGAUCACAGUCAAGGAAACCAAAACGGAAACUGGCUUUCCAGGAGAAACUGAACUCAUAUCGCAGCAUGUGGUGCAAACGCACGCUCCUGCGGCCUCUUCUGCAACCAGGGAGCUGGACGAUCUUAUGGCUGACCUCUCCAACAUUAAGGUAACCGACAAAGUCCACCAGGUCGAGUACGCGCGGCCAGCGAAAGCCAGCAAGCAGAAUUUGGAGUCGAUGCUCGGUCACCUCCAAGCUGACAUGAGCAAACAGGGAGUCAACACGAGCCAGAAGGGCUGCUGCAACGCCUGCGACAAGCCCAUCGUCGGGCAGGUGAUCACGGCGCUGGGCAAGACGUGGCACCCGGAGCACUUCACCUGCGCGCACUGCUCGCAGGAGUUGGGCACCAGGAACUUCUUCGAGCGCGACGGCAAGCCCUACUGCGAGCCCGACUACCACAACCUCUUCAGCCCCAGAUGCGCCUACUGCAACGGACCCAUCCUCGAUAAAUGCGUGACGGCGUUGGAGAAGACCUGGCACAUGGACCACUUCUUCUGCGCCCAGUGCGGCAAACAAUUCGGCGAGGAGGGUUUCCACGAACGCGACGGAAAACCAUUCUGUCGCGACGACUACUUUGACCUCUACGCACCAAAGUGCGGCUCCUGCAACAGGGCAAUCAUGGAGAACUACAUCUCCGCCCUCAACUCGCAAUGGCAUCCAGACUGUUUCGUCUGCAGGGAAUGUAGAUUUCCCUUCCACGGCGGCUCGUUCUUCGACCACGAAGGCCAACCUUACUGCGAAACCCACUACCACCUGCUCAGGGGCUCCCUCUGCGCGGGCUGCCACAAACCGAUUUCGGGUCGUUGCGUGACCGCCAUGUUCAAAAAAUUCCACCCGGAGCACUUUGUGUGCGCGUUCUGCCUCAAACAACUUAACAAGGGCACGUUCAAGGAACAAAACGAAAAACCCUACUGUCACGGUUGUUUCGACAAGCUCUUCGGUUAGGGGGCUAAUUUUAGUUAGUACGCGCUUUUAAGUUCAGUGCCUUUUCCAUGAGAUGCUUUUGGGGCUUGUGAUUAUUUGGUUUUUAGUCUACAUACUGUUUGGACGUUUCGUUGUUUAGGUACACCUUUUAUGUACUUACUUAUGAAACGAGCCAUGUUGUCAAAUUUCUCAUGGAAAAACGCAUAUAAAGGUUAUGAACAUCUUUAGACUGAACGAAUAUUUUAUUUCACGCAAUUUGUUAAGGUUUUAUUAAUUGAUUUUAUUAAUUAUAUAUUUUUUUAUAUAUCUUGUAAAUAGCAUUAUUUGUUGCGAUAUUUUUUUAUUUUACGUAAUUUUUUGUUACUUAAAUUUUAGCUUGGCAAAUUUUAAAUGCGCACUAUGGAACACAUUUAUUUUUUGCAGAAAUAUUGUAAUUUUAUGUUUACUUGUUUUAAGUUCCAUUUUAAACCACUUGUUAAUAUUUAGCAUUUUUUUAAGUAGGUUCAGUAAGUUGCCAUCAAAUUUUUAAUUAAUAUUUUUAAGGCAGUGGCCAAACUAAUUAUAGUUUAAAUAGUGUGAAUCAGUCAUUAAAUAAAUAAAAAAACUAAUAAGAA